CCCGUACAGCGUGUGGCGUGGUCACGUGUGUAAACUUGCAUGGUGGGACUGCUGGAAAGUUUAGUGUGUGAGUGGCUGAGGAGCUUUCUUGUCAUUUGGCAGCAUUCGCGUGGAGCCUGGUUAUACGCAGUAAAAAAAAGUGACAUCUCUUGAGACAAUGCCUGCUGCUUGUGAAUCAUUAGUGGACGACAUUGAGGAUAUUGUAUCAGUAACAGAUCCAAAACCUCAUGAUCGUCAGCUGGCAAGACAAAACGUUGUACCCAGGGUGCGGAAAAGAAAUAAAGACAACCUUUUGGAAGAGCCUCCAAGUGACAGCACUAUUCCAGGCACUCAGAAGAUCUGGGUACGUACAUGGGGUUGCUCACAUAACAACUCUGAUGGUGAAUACAUGGCAGGACAAUUGGCUGCAUAUGGCUACAGCAUAACAGAGCAUGCCGAGCAAGCACAUUUGUGGCUACUAAAUAGUUGUACAGUGAAGAGCCCAGCUGAGGACCUCAGAAACUCCAUUAAAAAAGCACAAGAGGAGAAUAAAAAAGUUGUCCUGGCUGGAUGUGUUCCUCAAGCUCAACCAAAACAAGACUACAUGAAGGGCCUCAGUAUAAUAGGGGUGCAGCAGAUUGAUCGAGUGGUGGAAGUUGUAGAAGAAACAAUAAAAGGUCACUCAGUGCGACUGCUGGGUCAGAAAAAGGAUAAUGGAAAACGGUUGGGGGGAGCUCGAUUGGAUUUGCCAAAGAUUAGGAAGAACCCACUGAUAGAAAUAAUUUCCAUCAAUACAGGCUGCUUAAAUGCAUGUACGUACUGCAAGACUAAGCAUGCCAGAGGGGAGCUUGCCAGUUACCCGAUAGAAGAGUUGGUCGAUCGAGCAAAACAGUCUUUCCAAGAAGGUGUCUGUGAAAUCUGGCUGACCAGUGAAGACACAGGUGCCUAUGGCAGAGACAUUGGCACAGAUCUUCCUACUCUUCUUUGGAAGCUGGUCGAAGUUAUCCCUGAGGGUGCAAUGCUAAGACUUGGCAUGACCAACCCCCCUUAUAUUCUAGAACAUCUGGAGGAAAUGGCCAAAAUUCUGAACCAUCCAAGGGUGUAUGCAUUUCUUCACAUCCCAGUGCAGUCUGCUUCAGACAGUGUGCUUAUGGACAUGAAGAGAGAAUACUGUGUAGCAGACUUCAAAAGAGUGGUGGAUUUCUUGAAAGAGAGAGUGCCCGGAAUUACAAUCGCAACGGACAUCAUCUGUGGCUUUCCUGGAGAGACAGAUGAAGAUUUUAAGGAGACGUUAAAACUGGUUGAGGAGUACAGAUUCCCUAGUCUCUUCAUUAAUCAGUUUUACCCGCGCCCAGGGACCCCAGCUGCUAAAAUGGUGCAGGUUCCAGCUCAUGUGAAGAAACAACGAACAAAAGAACUAUCCCAACUGUUUCAUUCAUACAACCCUUAUGACCACAAGAUCGGUCAAAGACAACAAGUUUUAGUAACAGAAGAAUCUUUCAACCUCCAGUACUAUGUAGCCCACAACCGUUACUAUGAGCAGGUCCUUGUCCCAAAAGACUUAGCGUUCAUGGGGAAAAUGGUUGAAGUAGAAAUUUUUGAAGCAGGAAAGCAUUACAUGAAAGGAAGUCCGUUGUCCGAUUCUAAAGUAUAUACUCCAUCCAUCACAAAGCCAUUAGAGAAGGGAAAAGUGUCUGGUUUGUCUGAGGUUUUGAUGCAUGGAGACUUUGCUAUCCACUCUUGUGUAACUGCUUGAGUAUCUAGAUUAUGUAUGGAUAAAACAUGUAAUCUGUAGCUUCAGUUUCCAAUUUCAAAUUAAACUUUGCACUACUUCUGUACCCCUGGAAAAGCACUUCAGCAGGAGGAAGGUCUGGCUGCUUCCCAGUAAAUUUAGUUAUUUCCAGCGCUUUCUCCUGAAUUUGCAUCACUCACAAAUCUGUUGGCAAUAUACCGUCUAGACUGCUGCUUCGUUCUAGUGACAUAUACGUAUACUGUAUAUGCUUUCUUCUUUUAAGAAGGCUGAUGUUUUCCCCAGAGGAGACACUACCCUUACUGGUUUACUGUUCAUACUGAGAGUGUGAAUAGCAUUGAGAUUUCCUUUUUAUUUAGAAUUUCUUAAGGUGAGCAGAAAGGUUUAUGCUCAGAUGUUUACUACCAAGCCUAUAAAUGUGUAAAUCAAUUUGUUCCCAUUCUGAAGCUGUUCUACUCAGUGCUGGCGUCUAAAGCCUAGCUGUGUGCUUUUGUUAUAUUUACCCUUUGGUAUCUUCUGGAUGACUGUAGGAUAAAUUAAACCAGAGAAUGCACAGGAAAAAAUAGCAAUUCAUAAUUCAU